GUGUGUGUGAGAAUCUUUCUCUCACAAAGUCUCCAGAGUUUCGAGAGGCUAGUAUGAAGAUGAUGGAUACCUGUUGGAUGUUCUUUCUCCUGUCCUUAAUCUCAGGUUGGUCAGUGUUUGGCCGCAUUUUACCUCAGAUUAUUGAGGAACCCAAUGAGAGAAUCUCCUGGCCUUGUUCUGACACUCCUGUUGGCACACACAAACCUUCCUCAGUGCAUUCACUGAGGCCUGCAGACAUCACAGUCUUCUCUGCUGUUGGUCUCCCACAUACACCGAGCAGUGUAAUGUCAUCAGUUAUAAGCAGCCUUCACGAUGUGUUGUCCAUGUUCAGUCCUGAGUUUACCAGUGUGUCACCCAAUGGAUUUAACUCUGCACAAUCCAGUGGUCUGGUGAAUCAGGCUGAACAAGCAGUUUACCUUCUGAACACUCAAAAGCCCUACAUAUCAGAGUCUGGCUGGAAGCUGGUGAUUAUCUUCGUGUCAACUGAUCGACGGUGUAUGUGUGCUGAGCAGGUCACCACUGUGGUUCAGGAAGUGGAUUCUGCACUACAAGUGCUCCACUCUCAGCUGAAAAAGGCCAUAGUCAGUGUUGUGCUCCAGGAUGCUGAACCUAACAGCAGACACAGCGGAAUGUGUUCUUGUCCGCCAAUAGACUCAGUUGAAGAGCUGCGCUUGACAGGUGCAAUUUAUUCACACGCACUUUUGGAAGAUUUAAAAGAGACACUAAAAGAGAAAGACUGGUACAGCAGAGAUGAUUUCACUGUGCAGCUUCAGGAUGUUCCUCUGUUUUCAGAUGUCAUUUCUACCAUUUACAAAUGGACCUCAGAGGAGAAAGUGAAUGACCAUCAGGCACACACGCUCUUUCUGCAGCUCUGGGAAAACCUUCUCCAGCCAAACACCAAGCAGGAAAAUGUGAACAACCGUGUUGUGCCUACAAUUCGAUGCCCUACUGAGCAUCAACCGUUUCUCAGAACAGCGAAGAAUUCUCCAUCCGAAAUGAGUCCAUCAUCCAGAGGAGCUGCUCCAGCUGUUGAUGCUGUAUUGGGCACUGAGAUGCAUUGUGAAGAUCUGAGUCCCUCCAACACUAUCCCCACCUCAGUGCAUGGAGUGAGGCCGGCUGAUAUCCAAGUUGUGGGAGCAGUUGGUGAUUCUCUAACGGCAGGGAAUGGUAUUGCGUCUACAUACCUGGUGGGCGUGCUGAUACAGUACAGAGGAUUAUCAUGGAGUAUUGGAGGAGACAACAACCUGUCUACAGUCACUACACUUCCCAACAUCCUACGUGAAUUUAAUCCGGAGCUUACAGGAUUUUCGGUUGAAACGGGGAAACAGAACAGCAAACAGGCUUUCCUCAACCAGGCUGUGGCAGGAGCCAAGAGCUCUGACCUGCUGAGGCAAGCUGAACUGCUCGUCAACAGGAUGAAAACCGAUGAUCGUAUCAAUUUCUAUUCAGACUGGAAGGUGAUCACCAUGUUCAUCGGAGGCAAUGAUUUCUGUGACUCCUGCCACAAUCCACCGCAUUAUUCUCCGGAAAACUUUGUGAAACGUAUCCAGGUAGCACUGGACUUCCUCCACUCUGAGGUUCCUCGUGCUAUCGUUAAUCUGGUGGAGCCUCUUCACAUCACCCCACUGAGAGCCAUGCACCAGGACUCCACUCUCGGCUGCCCCACGUGGCUUGUGCGCAUCCUCUGUUCCUGUGUAGUUUCACCAGAAGAUGGAUCAGAAGCUUUGCAGGACCUGGAAGAUCUGAACAGAGCGUAUCAGAGAGUGCUGAGAGAUUUGGUGGAGUCUGGCCGUUAUGACACACAUUCAAACUUCACUGUGGUGCUGCAGCCUUUCCUUAGGGAUAUAGCAGUGCCAAUGCUGGAUGGACAUCCUGAUCGUUCAUUUUUCUCUCCUGAUUGUUUCCACCUCAGUCAGAAGGCUCACACUCUCAUGGCUCGUGCUCUGUGGAACAGCAUGCUGGAGGAACUCGGGAAUAAAACCUGCAAACAGGACUUCUCUCAAGUUCUCCAGGCUAAAUGUCCAUCAAAGACUUUACCCUUUCUUCAUACCUUUGAGAACAGCAAUUACACGUAUAAAAGCCCGCUGCCACCCCCACCUCCAAUUUCAAACUGGGGUAGUGAUUUCUCAUGCACAGACACCAAGCCAUCGAUCAACAUCCCUAACUCAGUUCAUCACCUGCGGCCUGCAGAUAUCAAGGUGAUCGCCGCACUCGGAGACUCUGUUACUGCUGCGCUCGGUACAAAAUCAAAGAACUACACUCAGUUUCCUACAGAAUACAAGGGAGUGUCAUGGAGUAUUGGGGGUGAUCAUUCAUUGGACACUACUACAACACUGCCAAAUAUCCUGAGACAGUUUAACCCAUCUCUACAGGGCUUCUCUGUUGGAGACGGCGUGUCAGCACAGGACGGCUUCAACAUGGCCGUGUCUGGAGCCACAGCCUCUGAUCUUGUAGCUCAGGUCAACAGACUUAUUCAGGCCUUAAAAUCCAGUGAGAAUGUAGAUUUCGAAAUGGACUGGAAGCUGAUUACUGUGCUUAUUGGCGUCAAUGAUUUAUGCCAGUAUUGUAUGGACCAGAACAACCUGUCACCACAGAACUACAGUCAGCACCUCAUGAAGGCUCUGGAUCUGCUGUAUGAAGAGGUACCUCGUGUUCUAGUGAAUGUUCUCACAGUUCCAGAAAUCGAGGUCUUGAGGCUGGUCAAGAAGAGUUCAUUAGGCUGCAGUUUUUUCCCCAGAGAUGUUUGUCCAUGCCUCAUGACCCCAGCUGACAACUCAUCAGAGCUGAUAGAGCUAAAGCUCAUUAAUCAAGAAUAUCAGACUGAGGUGGAACAGUUAAUAUCUGGGGAACGUUACAAUGGCCGUGAAGAUUUCACUGUUGUCCUUCAGCCUUAUCUUCAAAAUACAACCAUUCCUUUAGAUAAAGAUGGAAAUCCUGAUCUCAGUUACUUUACAUUAGACUGCUUCCAUUUCAGUGAGCGGGCACAAGCUGAGAUGGCCAUUUCCCUUUGGAAUAACAUGUUGGAGCCAGUGGGAAAUAAGCAGACCUUCAACAACUUUACAUACGAUCGCACAAAACUUAAGUGUCCAUCAGAGAAUCUCAGACCAUUCAUUUAUACCAAAAUGAACAGCCACCCCGAUUACUUGACAACUCCAGAGCCAACAUCUACAAGCACCCCAGUGCCCAGCACCCCGGCUCCCUGCCCCGACAGUGUACCUGUGUGGGUGCCAGCCAUAUUUGGGGUCACAGGUUUACUCAUUGGCUGGGUGGUCACGUGGCUAUUUAUGCGCCGGUGGAUUAAGAAGCAGAAGAGUGAAGACAAGGAAAAGGAAACAGAGAUGAAGAGAACUAGCUUUUAGCAGUGAGCUACAUUUACAGUGCUACUGACUUUGGAAAACACAUAUGCUUUUUUAGACUGCCGUACAUCCAUCAAACUAGAUGUGUAUGGUUAUGACAUGACUUUUAUAUAUCAGUGUGAAUCUACACACACAUAUACACAAGGCUGCAGUCCAUUCUGAAGUGAUCAUGACUGUCCCUUACCCCUGCGAAAUCUACACCCUCCACAGUGAGUGCUCUGAGAGAAGGGUCCCCCUUUUGUAAGGGUUGAAGGUAAUAGCCAUUUGGAGGGUUCUUUACAAUAAUGUGUCACCUAGCUACUGUUGUUAUCUAACUUUAGCUAGAAAGGUAUAAUGGUAGUCAAGUUUUAAAAGGACUAACACCUACUUACCGUUACUCAGAAUAAUUAUCUCAUUAGAAAUGCAUAGUUGCAAUUUAUUAUUAUAUAAAAAAAAAUUUAUUUUAUUAAGUUAGAGUGCAGUGAAAUUCUUUUCUUCACAUAUCCCAGUAAGCUGGGGUCCAAACAAGGUCAGCCGUGAACCAGCAGCCCUGGAGCGGAUAGUGUUAAGAGCCUUCCUGAAAAACAGCAGCAGCUUGCUGAGGCUUGAAUCCCUGAGUUUAUGUUCAGUAACCCAGAGCCUUAUCCACUGAGCCAGUAUUACUAAACAAUAUUUCACACGUUCAUACUCAGUACAGUUUUAGAAUCUUUAUCAUAUGAUUAUGAAUAUAAAGGCUUUGCAAUUUUAUGUAACUUAUGAGAAAUAUUCUAUACUGUAAUUCUCUAGAUCAUUGUAAAUGUUUUUUAUUUUAUUUAUAAAAUAUGAUAAUGUUUGUAUUAAACUGUAACUUAUCUUUAAUAUUACUGAUAAUAUGUCUAAAAUUGGCACUGAAAUACAAUAAUUAAGAAUAAUUCUAUUGCUCUUUAUUAUUAUUAUUAUUAUUAUUCCUGUGAAUCCCUCAACUGUAUCAUAUUUCUAUUAUUUCCAGUUGUCCAGAGAUGUUAUUAGAAAUAUGAAGUGCAAAUAGUAUACAUCUGUAGUGAAAGUGUAAGGCCUAGAAAGUGUAAUUUCCACUCCACCUUCUAUCAGGUUUAGGACUGUGUUUCCAUCAGGAUUCUUUAAAUUGUAAAAAUAAAUGUAAUUAAUAAAUGUGAACAGACUUGUCUAUGUGCUUUUGCUCCUGGAUUGAUCUCCAGCAUUUUUUAAUCAGCUGUGAGAGGCCUUGUGUAUGACAGUAAUGCCCAACUAAUAUUUACUACUGCCACCUGCUGUUCACUUCAUCUUUCUGGUAUUUUCUGACACCAUGAAUCAGGGGAGGUACUGUAUGAUAGGCAGCCAGUGCAAUGUCACAACUUUUACUACUUCACUGCCCUUGAAUUUGAAUCAGCUUUAUACAUGUAAGUACUAAGAAAGUCUGUUUUGAAUGGAAAAAUUAUAGGUUGGAAAUGAGUAACAAAUUUGACCAAAUAUAUAAUCAGAAGCAGCCAUCCCAAAUAAGUUAACUACUUUUUUAUUGGAGGGCAAGAAGCAGUCCCAUACAGGACAUGAAAGAAUUAAUAUGCAACAACGUAUUAAACAUGAGCAGCAGUGGCUCAUGAACAUACAUUUUUGUAACUUUUUCAACUAUGUCUGAUACAGCAAGUGUAAUUUCCAUGUACAAGAUGAACACAGUAGAACUAAUGUCAUUACCCACAGGUUUCACAGGUUUCAGCAAUAUCUCCAAUCCAACUACAUCUCAAAAUCCACACAAAAAAACUUGAAACUAGCUCAAAAAAUUCAGCACUGGAAAAGGGAGACACAGUUCUCUUCUGUUUUCACAGUCUUUAUGUAGAAAACAAGGUCAUUGUGGUUCACACACAUUUCUGAUGUAUGGAUAUUAUCCACUCUAUAAUCCAUCCUUUCCCUCUCCCAAUCUUUGCAGUAUGAUGUAUCUUACAAUAGACAUGGUUCUGUAUAUCAGAGAGACACACUGUCUGUACUUUAUUAGAUUUAAUUACGAAUAUUUGCUAUAAACAACGUUUUGUCUGAGUAUUUUAUCCUAGCUCAAUCUGUCUGCGGCUCCUCUCCCAAACAUGGGACAGUGUGAUUCCUGCCCCAAUGGGCGUCUAUUUGUGCUUGUUGCAGUUCCCAUCUCUGAGCACUAGGUGCUAUAAUAACUCUAAUAAAGCUAAGCUUUUGAGCUGUGGUUGUGGUGAAAAGUUUUACUGAGACCUAGCAAUACUGCACACCAGUGCACAUUGGCUUUCUUGAGUGCUAAUGUUUAAUGGCCAGCUGCUCCUAGUCUCAUAUACAGCUGAGAAAAUUAUAGAAAUGCAUGCUGUGGAUCUCUCAUAUACUCUCAUUUAAUAGUAUUUAAACACUAUAACUCAUACUGUAUAAUACUAUUAAAACUAAAUACACUGAUUUUCUAUACAACUUGACUACUCCUAGAACUGUAUAUGCAGUGUAUGCAAAAGUUUAGGCACCCCUGGCCAACAUUGGGGGUUCAAUUGCUGUGAAGCAAGCCAUGGCCAGAGUUCCACUUCUUCAGACUCAUUCUCACUGUCUCCUGUGAAUCUACAUGCACUCAUUUUCUCUGUCCUUCAACAAAAGAACAGUUUCCUCAAGGUUUGUGUGGCUUCUUUCUUCUAAAGAAACACAAUGUCUUGCACAGUCAUUUCAAAGCUCUAAUACUAAUCUGGUGCAGACAUGCCAGAAGAUUACUUUAUAGGUUAAUGUGGACUUGUCUGAACUGUAAGUCACAUGUGGGUUUGAUUGUGCUUGUUGAUUUUGCCACUGAGAGUCAUACAAGUUUGUCAUACACGGACAGCCUCAUUUAUUGAUGUGGUUUUUUCCCGCAAAGUUGAAAAGCACUUGUUUCUUUGCUGGUUCCAUAGCUACAAAACAUU